UAACUUUGAGUGAUACUUUGUAGACAGGAUUUUCCCAUUCUAAUCUGCAGAGAUUAUCCCUGCAGGAGCCUUACUGGCAUUGUUUGGUGGACCUGUAACACCAUUUUAGCUCUUCACGGGUGUGUGUAUCGCUGUCUGCCUGUGCUGAGUAUAUGUUGGUCUGUCGGCUGAACUAGUUUGCCCCUUUCUCACAUUGUGUGGCUUUAGUUUGUGAACAGGAGACUAAUGAACAUGGCCUCCAAGUGACUCUGCAACUGAGCGUUACCUUCCAACACUUUACGAGUCUGGAGCAAGUGAGCGAGAGGAAGGAGUGGUCGGUUUGUUGAAAUGUUCUUCAACUGGAUGCAUCCGUCGAGCUGUCCAGAUGGCGAGGCUUUGGCGGAAGAGGAUAACGAGUCGGGUGAUAAUUGCGUCGAUGAGGAAAAGACUCAGACAUGUACACGACAAAAAGCCUGUCCAGAUGGCGAGGCCAUAGCUGUCGAAAGGGAUAAACCGCAUCUCACGCUUGCAGCGCCGUGGUCCGAGGGUCCAAAGCCCAUUGACGGCGCAGCAUUGAAAACCAUGAAGGAGUCCGACAUGGGGUCAGCGGGACCCGAAGAGGCAGAACAAACGAAAGUGGACAAAGUUGGACGGUUGUGCAAAGCCGUCAGGUUCCAGCUGCCGCCCAACACACUACGGGCUUCAGGUGCCGAUGACUCACUGGCUCCAUUCUUUGAGAUUGACGGUUUUGGAAAGUGUUGUGUCGGCACUUGUGUGAAUACUUGUCACUCCCAGAGCUGGAUUAGCAUCACAGACAAUUGGCUUCUUCAGAAACAAAUCCUGAAGGAAGGGCAAGGGGAGGAGACCAGACCCACCUUUGGCCAGGAGGUCACCAUGAAGCUGCUGGGAGUUCUGGAAGACGGAACCAUCAUAGACAGGGACCCUAAGCUAACGUUCCGCCUCGGCGAUGGUGAUGUGAUUAAGCUGCUUGAAUACUGUGCGUUCUCAAUGCAACUGGAUGAGAUUGCUCUUGUAAUUUCCGAUGGACAAUAUGCCUACGGUCACGUUGGGAGGGCUCCUGAUAUCCCUCCAGAUGCAACCGUGAUAUACGAGAUCCAGCUGCUCAACGUCAGAGAAGCUGCAGAUCCAACACAGCUGACACCAUCGGACUGCAUACGCAUCUGUAAACACAAGCGAGAGCGGGGUAACUACUACUUCCAGAGAGGAGACUACCGCAGCGCCGUGAAGUCAUACAACCUCGCGCUGGAUAUCCUGAACGUUUCUUCAGAACUUAAACCCACUGCUCAGGAAGCGGCAGAGCUGCAGGAAGAUGGGCUGAAGUGUCUGAAUAAUUUAGCUGCCGCCCAGCUGAAGCUGAACCUCCCUGAAGAGGUGAUUGCUGCCAGCGAUGCCGUCUUGCUCCUGGAUCCCAACAACGUGAAAGCUUUGUUCAGGAAAGGAAAGUUGUUAUCAGAACAGGGCGACUAUGAAGCAGCAACCGAGACACUCAAGCGAGCGCUGAAACUCGAACCAAGCACAAAGGCCAUUCAUGCAGAGCUUUCCAAACUGGUUAAGAAACGGGCUGGCCAUACGCACGUCCUGAAGGAAAACGUCAGUAGGUGGCAGAAAGGUUCAGCACAGCCCUCGACACAUCCUCCAACUGCACAAGAAUCUGCUUCGGCGGUCCCGUGGAAGUGGCUGUUCGGGUCAGCGAUGGUGGCUAUUGGAUGCAUGGUGACCACUGUUGUGUUGGCAGCAAAGGACUAAACAAACAGCAGACUGGCGCAGACACACAAUGACCCGAGGAGAAGAUGGGUCUCAUUAUGAUGAGUUUGCUCUGGGAUACACCAACAUGUACACAUUUUCCAAUCUUGAUAUAUAUUACAAUAAGAGGUAAAGGUGGGGUAAGGAGAGAAUUGAAACUACAUUAUUAAAUAGCUUUUUGCUCAAUUAGAGUAUAGAUUUUUUUUUAAGCAGCACCUAAAAUCAAUACAGAGGUGAAUUUGUGUAUUUUGCUUUCCAAACGGAACUAAUGUUGAAUCAGAGAUGCAACGAAGCAAUUCACUAUAAAAUAAUCAAUGCUGUUAAACAGAGCUUGUUCAUUAGAAUGCUGUACACCAUGGAGAAGUCAUAGUUAUAGAAUCAUAGAGCAUGGAUUCAGGCCCUUCGGCUCAACUUGCCCAUGCUGACCAAAUGCCCCAUCUACAUUAAUCCUUCCUCAUAAGUUCAUGUUAUAGGGGCAGAAUUAGGCCAUUCAGCCCAGUCAAGUCUACUUUGCCAUUCAAUCAUGGCUGAUCUAUCCUUCUUUCUCAAUCCCAUUCUCCUGCCUUCUCACCAUAACCCGACACCUGUACGAAUGAAGAAUCUCCGACCUGUAUAGACCCAUAUCCCUCCAAACCGUUACUGUCUAUGUAUUUGUCCAAAUGUAUUUUAAAUGGUGUUAUAGUCCCUGCCUCGACUACCUCCUUCCAUAUACCCACCAACCUCUGUGUGAAAAAGUUCCUAUUAAAUCUUUUCCCUCUCACUUUAAACCAAUGUCCACAGGUUCUUGGUUCCCCUACUCUGAGUAAGAGACUGUGCAUUUACCCUUUCUAUUCCCCUCAUGAUAUUAUACACCUCUGUAAGAUCACCUCUCAGCCUCCUGUGCUCCAUGGAAUAAAGUCCUAGUCUGCCCAACUUUUCCCAAUAGUUCAGGUCCUCAAGUCCUGGCAACGUCCUUGUAAAUCUUCUCUGCAUUCUUCCCAGCAUAAUAACAUCCUAGAGUGCAGAAAGCACACAUGGGAUAUAGAACAUCGGACAGUAGCAAAUAUGACAAAUCAAAUUGUACAAAUGCUUAAAAAAUAUAUAGCUAGUCAUUGAGCAGUGACUUCCACUAGAUACAUGCCAAUUUAAAUAGACGUUAUUAGAUGCCAGGCCGGCAUGGUGGCGCAGCAGUAGAGUUGCUGCCUUACAGCGCCAGAGAUCCGGGUUCGGUCCUGACUACGGGUGCUGUCUGUACAGAGUUUGUACGUUCUCCCCGUGACCACGUGGGUUUUCUCCAAGAUCUUCGGUUUCCUCCCACACUCCAAAGACGUACAGGUUUGUAGGUUAAUUGACUUGGUAUAAUUGUAAAAUUGUCCCAAGUGUGUGUAGGGUAGUGUUAAUGUGCGGGCAUCACUGGUCAGCGCAGACUCGGUGGGUCCGAAUGGCCUGUUUCUGCUCUGUAUCGCUAAACUGAACUAAAAUUUAAUUUUAUGCUUUUGGGAAUAUAUUUUCAAGCACAUUUCAUUGCUUUGAAAGUUUUCAAUCAUUCUACAAUUAAUAAGACUCCUGGUUAAGAUACUUCAGAGAGUUCUCUUCUGCUGAUGUACAGUAGACUGGAAAUCUUUUUUCAGGAUGUAAGAAUCGAUGAACAAAUUUCAUGAGUUGGUGUCAGUGUGUUGCUCGACUCAAACAAUUCUCAUGUCAAUUAAUUUGGGCAAUUGCAGCACAGUAUUUUAUUUUGGAGUCAAUGGGGAGUUGUGGAGGAAGCGUAUGAAGGAGGUAUACAUGAAUUUCAUGCUUGUUCUCUCCGGCUAUUUCGUAUGCUUUCAGCUACAGAAGAUCUAAUCGAUUCAAUAAUUGGCACUCUGCAAAUAUAGUUAUAGUAAUAUAUGUGGAUAAUCAGUUACCCUGUGGACCUUUCUUCCACUGGACAUUUUUAACACAUAAUUGAUGGAUUCAUUAAAAAGUGGAUAAUAAA